AUGGAUAAGGUGACGGUGAUAAGAGAAAGGCUUAAGACUGGUAAAAGUCACCAAAAGGCUUAUGUGGAUAUGUGGCAAAAGGAGUUGGAGUUGGAGUUUGAGAAGUGCGUGGGUGAUCCUUCUUUAAUUGUUCCUAUGGAGGAUGUUGGUAAUUUGGAUUCCUUGUCCUAUGAGAAAGUCUUGGUGAAGAUUUUGGAUAGGGAAAUUCUUAGGUUGAGAACUAAAGAUGUGGCUUCAAUGAAGGUACUUUGGAGAAAUCAAAAGGUUGAAGAAGCCACAUGGGAAGCUCAAGAUGAUAUGAGGGCUAAAUAUCUAUUUUUGUUCCUCGGGUUGGAUGAAGAUGUUUAA